UGCGAAACACACGCUUUACUGUUGUCGCAAAGUUUUACUAAUUUUUUUACCUCAUCAGUUUUAGAGACUUUCAAAAUCUCGAAAAAACCUUGCUGAACGUUUUUCUUUUAUAAGCUGAAAGCUUAACAUCAAGUUUGAGGCAAAAAAUGGCGAAGUUGGAUACUAAAAACGAUUUGAAUCGCGUCGGCUUGUUCAGCGAGCUCGGCUACAUCUCAAUUGGUGAUCCGUUCAAAAGGAAGAGCACAGAAUUCAACAUGGCUGCUCAUAAAGGAAAACAAAUGCUACCUGGUGGGAGCAAAACACGAUCAGCCCUUCAGGCAGGAUAUUUUGAUCAGAGAUUCAACAGAGUCAUGGAAGGGGAGGCCUUCACUGAUCCUGUAAAGCGGCGUAGACAGGACAAACUAAAGAGCAGUAAGCUUAACAUAGGAAAGGCUUUUGUUCCAAGUAGUGGAGAAAAAUUACCUUCAGGAGCAGGAAACCAUUAUGGAACUUUCAGUGGAGCCAUUACAGCUUUUAGCCCUGUGUCCAAGGGGAAAAAACCAACAGAGUCUGCUGGAAAGAACUUCUUGACAAACCCACCCAAGAAGGGGACAGGGUUUGGAUAUCUGAAUGUGACAAUUGGUGCCCCACCCAAGUACAUGUCUGAUGCUUAUGAACGUGCAAGAGAGCUGCGAAAGAAAGAGAUGGAAGGAAGCCUGAAAGCAAGAAAGGGAGGAGCAUAUAAACUAAAUCUUCAUCCUAAGGCCUAUUUUGAUGGAAAUCCCUACAAAUCCGACAGACCUCUUCCACCUGUAAAAGAGACUAGGAAACCCCCAGAAGGAUUGAAGCCUUUUAAACCCAGUUCUCCAGCAAAAGAGAUUGGUGGUAUGAAGGCUGGUUGCUUUGACAGUUACCCAUCUCACUCUAAUGAUCCUUAUGCGGUCAAAAAACCAAAAGGUAGUGAUGGAACAGAGAAAAGGAUCUUCAGACCCUCCCAGGGACCAAAAUCAACACGAACGACAUCCAUCAUAAAUCAAAAUGUAGAACGACGUAUCAAUAACUUAAACUUCAGACAACCUAUCACUGUGUCCAUAUAAUUAGAUACACUUGGUAAUAAUUAUGUGAAUGCAAAAAAGUUAAUUUUGUAAAGGCUAGUGUGUAUUAAUUCAUGUGUUGGGUUUAGCAUGUAAGAACAGAAAAGCUUUGAAAAUAAUGCAAAGUUAGAUCGUAUAUCCAACGGUUUUACUGUACAGGGUAUAUUUUAAUUUUAAAGUGUGAGCAGUUACAUAAAGAAUAAUUGAUCGUAACACUGUAAAUUAAAUUUCCUUUCUUUGUUAUACCAAAUAGGCCAGAUACUUGAUGAGGUUGUCAGUUGUAACAACUUCAAAUAUUUUAGAGAACAAUUGAAACUUGUGGUUGCAUUUCUGUCACUUGUCAAAAAGGAAGGAUCUUUUAAAACUGACAAGUUAAUUAUUUGUCUUUUGAGUUCUUAUGGAUACUGUGUGCCUGCUCAUCUUCUAAAUAUGGUAACUAUUAAAACUGUUAAUAAAAUCUCAA